AUGCGCUUUUCAACAUCUACACUCCUUUUGACCCUUUUCGCCAUUGUCCGCGCUGAAGUUGCAUCAGACUUCGAGGAAUGGCCAGAAUUCCCAACACAAGCCGAUGAAUGGUUUCACCAUCACCACCAUGGAACUGAGUGGGACGGUGACUGGCCAGGCUCUCCUACAACUUUGCUUACAGUGACUACCACUGGAGAUGACUGCGACCCUACUGAGACCAGCGAGGCUGAUUCUCAAACUACAACUAAAGUCAUCACUCAAACAGCUUCAGUCUCUACGACCCCAGUCUCCACGACCCCAGUCUCCACGGCUCCAGUAUCCACGGCUUCAAGCUCUUCAACCACCCCAGAAUCUUCCACCGAAUCUUCCACCGCUACCUCGUCCACUUCUUCUUCAAGUUCAACUGACUCCACCACAUACUCCGGCCGUGGAACCUACUACGAGCCAAGUGCAGACGCAUGUGGAACCAGCUCAACUGCUGACGAUUACAUUGUCGCAAUUGCAGAGACUCUUUACUCUUCUCUGGGAGAAUCAAAUGACGGAAUCAGCUCCGCAUGUGGGAAAUCUAUCACUGCCUCUUACAACGGUAACUCUGUAACUGUCAAGGUGGUAGAUGCCUGUGAAUCCUGUACCGAUGUCGAUCUCGACUUUUCUCCUGCAGCAUUCAAGAAGUUGGCUGACCUGGAUGUUGGUGAGUUGAAAAUCGACUGGCACUGGGAUUGA